AUGAUUGACGGUGUCAGAAAAGAGAUUUUCAAGUUUCAAGAAGAUAUCACACCAAAAAAGGAUGAGGCCUUCAAAAUCAUGGAAAAAAUGGAGGCGCUGCUAAGAAACUUGACUCAGUUCUACCCACUGAAUGAAUGCUCGGACAAGUUCCCCACAGAGACAGAAGAGAUUGAACGAGGCGUAGCAUCGAUAAAUACAUCUAUGCACUUCUUCCAAAAAGACAUGAACGUUGUGGGAAGUGUGCUAAAAACAGUGAUUGAGAUUGACAACAGUACACUUGAUGAAAAAUUGGAAAAAACACAUUCGAAUGUUCUCGAUCUUGUUGAACAACCAGUCCGACGAGGAAUUGACGGUGUUUUGGACGACUUGUCUACGAAGUUACUGCCAGCUCGAGCCGUUUAUAAUCUCUAUCAAAAUCUUGGAUCACUAUUUUGCAGUGAUAUCGCCAAACCAGCCCACGGAAUAUGGGCAUCAUCGGGUCUAUGCGGUCUUUCGAUACUCUUAGCAGCUGUAGUCAUCCUGCUGAUCAUUCGCCUGGACGAUUACUGA